UUGGAAAACAAAUCAAGCGUCUUUUGAAACAACAAAAGAUGUACGGCGAUCGAUCCCGGAACAAGAGGGACCAGGAUGCCUUUCUCAAGGACCCAUAUGCCUUCGGAAAGAAAUUGUUUCAACCAACCAACCAUGUCAAACCCACUUUCUCUGACACUACCUGCUUUGAGUACUUCCAACACACAUAUGCAGACCAGGAUCGUGCCACUUCGUACGAAUCCUGCCCCAGUGCAGGGAAGCCCCGGGAUUGCACCCACCCAGUCGAUGAGGGGACCCCUACAUGGACUGAAUUUCAGAAUGUUUUGAAGAAGUGUCGCAACACCUCUGCACCGGGUCCUGACAAGAUACCUUACAUAGGUUGGAAGCUUUGUCCCUCCCUUCAAUCCAUUCUUUUCACCAUCUUUGGGCGGGUUUGGGAGAGCAAGAUCAUUCCAAGGCAGUGGCAGGUAGCGUGUAUCACACUCCUGGCCAAGGGGGAGGUGUCUGAUGAUCCUUCGAAAUUCCGACCGAUUGCUCUAGCGAACACGUCCGGGAAGAUCUUUUUCACCUUAGUUGCAAAGCGCCUCUUGAAACAUAUGCUAGGCAAUAAGUUCUUCGAUGGUGACAACCAGAAAGGAUUUAUGCCUGCAAAGGCUGGGUGCUUAGAGCAUACAUCACUUUGUUAUGAGGCGAUGCGUGAUGCAAAGACGGCAAAACGCCAAAUUUGCAUUGCGUGGAUAGAUUUGAAGAAUGCAUUCGGUUCAGUGCGCCACAAUCUGAUACAGUAUGCUCUAACCCACUACAGCCUUCCUUUGCAAUUCAGGAAAUUAAUUUUUUCCUACUACGACAGUCUUUGCGCUUUCGUCGUACAACCACACACACCCACCUUUAAUUACAACAUUGGUGUUUUCCAGGGGUGCCCCUUGUCCCCGGUCCUUUUCAAUAUUUGUUUCCAGCUUCUGCUGGACUCACUUGCAGCCCCUGAAUUAAGUUGCCUCUCCUAUGAUUUUAAAUCUGCCCCUUUGCAAGUGUCCCAAACAGCUUUUGCUGAUGACUUAGGCCUCUAUAGCAAAUCUAGUGCAGGUUGUCAAAAACUCAUUGCGGUCACGGAGGACUUUCUCUCGUGGACCCAAUGUAUGCAGGCGGCGCCGCACAAAUGCAAAAGCAGUGCAGCAAAGCUUGUAGAUGGCCGGUACAAACCUUACGAUCCCUGCCUGACAAUGUCAGGGAGGAAGAUCGCUUUCAUUGACAUCACACAAGGUUUUGUACGUGAACUGCACUUUAUGUGUUUACCAUUUCUGAAGAAAUGGUCAGGCCUACCUCGAUGCGCAAACUCUGCCAUUCUUUUUAUUGGCAGUCGCAAACGCUUUGGCUUACGCCUCCACUACCUUCCUACGGUGUGGAAAAAGUGCCAGUCCAUCAAAUGGCACAUUCUUCGAUCGAGUGGGGACGCGCGCAUGAGGGCGCUGUACACUCUGCGUCGGAGUAAGGAUGCGAAGCUGACAAAGCGAUAUGCGGCGACAAUAGAGCUGGAGUGUGCAGAGGCAUCAGUAGGUUCAGGGACUCUCCGUCCACCGUCAUCUUCAAGUCAUCGUGCAGGGUUGGGUGCUCGUGCUCCGAAGCAGCAUUCCAAACCCCCGAGGAAGGAUCUCCUUCAAACAUUUGAGGAGAUCAACGCGCAGGAGCAGAUUUUGAGGCUGAAGACUCUUCAGGUGCAAGGCAAGUGGUUGGAGUGGACAUCGGUGAUGUGGCAGGACCUCUCGUGGAAAUCCCUUUUGUACGGUGGUACUGGUAAGGAUUUGAAAUUUCUUCUCGCAUCAACCCUCGACGUGCUACCUUCUCCGACGAACCUACGCCGUUGGGGAAACACCGUAGUGGAUCCGUACUGUAGUUUGUGCCGUACCUGGGCCUGUACUACGCGCCACGUGCUUGGCGCUUGUCGCGUAGCGCUGGACCAGGGACGUUACACCUGGAGGCACGACAACGUACUCGGGGUCAUCGUCAGGAACAUGCGUGAGGAGAUUCGAAUCCGCACUGCUGCAAACACCGUACAAACCGAAAAUUCAAAUGAGCUUGACUUCAUCUCGUUUUGCAAGGCGGGAGAGAAGCCAGUUCGCGUUCAGCCCAGACGAAAGUUGGUUACGACUGAUCUCCUGUCAGCGGCCUCAGACUGGAAACUUCUUGUCGACUCAGUUAGUGCAAAGAUUUCUUUCCCUAGCUGUGUUGCACUUACCACCCUAAGACCAGAUAUAGUUCUGUACUCUACGAGUCGUAGGAUUGUAUUCUGGAUGGAGUUGACAGUUUGUGCUGAGGACAGAUUCAGUGUCAGUAACUCGCGGAAGGACAGGCGGUAUGCGGAUCUGGCCGAUCAAUGCCGAGCAAACGGGUGGCAGGUCGUUUCUUUUUCGGUUGAGGUAGGUGUGCGUGGUUUCAUCCCGGACUCUCUUCGGAGGGCUCUGAAAGCGCUUGGAUUUUCUAAUCGAAGAAUAAAAUUUAUUUGUAAUUUGUGCAGUAAGACGUCUCUGCGAAGCAGCUACAUCAUCUGGUUGCGGCGUCAACAAAAACACUGGUCGGAAGGUCCACUUUUCUGAGGUACUGUAUGUGGGGCUCCGUUUAUUGAGGUGCGUUGAAAUUUAUUCUCUUUAUCUUAUUAUUUCUUUUCUAUAAUUUCCCCAUAUGAGUUCCUAUCAGCUGCUGUGAACACCUUGAGUGGAGAGCGCUUGCUCGAGCGUUGAACCGGGUUCUUAAUCCACCAUACCCAGUUCGCAAGGCUGGGCGGGGUUGUGAGCAGGCUUUCAUUUCAUCUUUUCUUAUUAUUUCUGCUUUUCAUCUCAUUACAAAAAUUCUGCGCUUUUUCUCAAUCUGCGCAUAAAAUCUAGACUGACAACCUGCUUGUUAAAUCAUGCACCUGCUUUCAGGCGUAAAAACCCUGUUGUAGAGGUCUCAGUCCUCAUUUGUUAGACUUACCUGUCUUUAUAAAUGUAACUUACUCUCUCUCUCUCUCUCUCUCCCUCUCUCUCUCUCUCUCUCUCUCUCUCUCUCUCUCUCUCUCUCUCUCUCUCUCUCUCUCUCUCUCUCUCUCUCUCUCUCUCUCUCUCUCUCUCUCUCUCUCUCUCUCUCUCUCUCUCUCUCUCUCUCUCUCUCUCUCUCUCUCUCUCUCUCUCUCUCUCUCUCUCUCUCUCUCUCUCUCUCUCUCUCUCUCUAUCUAUCUAUCUAUCUAUCUAUCUAUCUAUCUAUCUAUCUAUCU